AUGGCUGACCCUCUUCUCACAUCCCUCUGCUCAAUAUGCCACGUCUCCCCCCCGAAAUACAAAUGCCCCCGGUGCAACAUUCAGACCUGUUCCCUGCCGUGCACCAAAAAACACAAAGCCUGGUCCGAGUGCAGCGGCCGACGCGAUCCGACAACCUAUGUCCCACGAUCGAAGCUACGCACCGCCGCCGGCGUCGACCAUGACUACAACUUUCUCCAUGCCAUUGAGGUGUCUGUGGAGCGCUCCGAGAAGCUCCUCAUUGAGGAAAAAGGCCUCGUGCAGCAGGCGGAGCUGCGGCCAUUGACGAUGCAACAAGUUCGAUGGAAGACGGGGCGUGAUGGGAGGAAGAGAAAAGUGCUGGUGACGAGAGUUUUGAGAGAGGCCAAGGGGAGAACAUUUGAAAAGGGACUGGCACAGAGACUAAAGAGAUUGAACGUGCAGAUUGUUUGUGCGCCGCUGGGAAUGGCCAGGCAAAGGGAAAAUUCUACCACGCUAAACCGGAGGACGGGGAGGAUUAAUUGGCAGGUUGAGUGGCUGGUGGUCGGGGGAGAGAAGGAGACUGUGAGGUCAUUAAGCAAGGUUAUGGAUGACGUUCCGCUCUUUCAAGCAUACUCGGCAAUAUUGGAGGAAAAGGUUCGUGCAGAGACGGGCUCGCGAAAGCAGCGGGCCUGGGAGGUGCAGAGCUGGACUGAUUCAAGGUGGAAUCUUGGCUUGGAUUGUAUGCAAGAUCCUGUGGAUGGGAAAUGGACGUCAUUUCCUGGGGGGCGCAUCGAGGACUGGCCUGCAGAGAAGGAGAAGGUCCAACGACAGCAAUUUCGGUUUUUCCUCGCGGGACCUCUCACACGGUCCGAUAUGCCUACACAAGUCACGGCGCUGGAGGCUGGGGACUGCCUUCGCGAUAUUCUGGCUAACACCCGAGUCUUGGAGUUUCCUACUAUCUACGUCCUCAAGCAUGGGGACACGCUUCCUCCGAGAUUCGUCUUAGGACCAAAGGACUCGAUCCCAUCACAGACCCAAGGAAAAAAACGGAAGGAUGGGCCAUCAAACAAGAAAUUUCAGGCAUCAUCAAAGCGUAGGAAACAGGGUAGAAUGGACCGCGAAGAAGGGGAAGUGGGCACAGAUGAGGACGGAGAAGAUGGUUUGGACGGAGAGACUGGGUCUAAGGGAGUCAGUUUGGAGGCUGCUGAGGUUAUAGCUGAGCAGAGCUUGGGAGAGGAGGAUGGCGACGACGACGACACGAGCAGCUCUGGGUCGGAUAGUGAGUCCGACUGA